UGAUGUUGAAAGUUAUGGGUACACAGGACAUGGUGCUUGUAUACUUCUUGGGAACUGGGAUCACCAUCCAUAUUUUCAUUGUAUUUGUCUUCUUUUGUUUAUUUAUUUGAGCCACAUAUUCCACCUCACAACCGCCAUUAAUGGAGUAUCAAGAGGAGUAUAUAAAGAAUUCAAGGGGAGUUCAGCUUUUCACUUGCAGAUGGCUGCCACUUUCUUCUCCAAAAGCACUUGUCUUCCUCUGCCAUGGUUAUGGUAUGGAAUGUGGUGACUUCAUGAAAGGAUGUGGGACCAAGCUAGCUAAUUACGGGUACGCAGUGUUUGGGAUCGAUUAUGAAGGACAUGGGCGGUCCAUGGGUGCUCGUUGUUACAUCAAAAAGUUCGAUGACAUCGUUAAUGAUUGUUGCAACUACUUUAAACUCGUUUCUGGAAAAGAUGAAUACAAGAACAAAAAGAGAUUCUUGUAUGGAGAAUCAAUGGGUGGUGCAGUUGCCCUUCUUGUACACAAAAAAGAUGUACAUUUCUGGCAUGGUGCUGUUCUUGUGGCUCCUAUGUGUAAGAUAUCAGAGAAGGUGAAGCCACACCCACUAGUGAUAAACAUACUAACAAGAGUAGAAGACUUGAUUCCUACAUGGAAAAUUGUCCCUACAAAGGAUGUCAUUGAGGCUGCUUUCAAGGACCCUCUUAAAAGACAAGAGAUUCGCGGGAACAAGUUGAUUUAUCAAGAGAAGCCCAGGCUUAAAACAGCUCUUGAGUUGCUAAGAACUAGCAUGAGCCUUGAACACACCUUGAGUGAGCAGGUGACAAUACCCUUUUUUGUGUUACAUGGAGAAGCUGAUACAGUGACGGAUCCAGAAGUAAGCAAGGCUUUAUACGCGCAAGCGAGUAGUAAAGAUAAGACCAUAAAACUAUACCCGGGAAUGUGGCACGGCUUGACCGCAGGAGAGACCGACCACAACAUCGAUAUUGUUUUUGGUGACAUUAUUUCUUGGCUUGACAAGCGAUCUAGUGACGAUAGGACAACUACUUCCACAUGUAGCAAUACAUCAGCCACUGCGUCUAGGGCCGGUCAAGGCAAAGCGACAUCAUCACCGGUACAACAAACGUGUGGUAGGAAAACACCGCGGUUGCAUUCCGCUAUGUAACCAUCGGCAACCAAAUUGUUUUUGUUGUUCAAGUUGAAGAGUGCCUGUAGUUAAGUAGCUUCACACCUUCAUUAUAUAAUGCUAUAUCUAUUGUCACAUCAAAUAAAACUACUUAAUCA